UGACGACAUCAGGGUUAGCGGUUUGUUAUGCUAGCUGGGUUGGCGCUCACAUGACGUUACCCAGAAUUCCCUGGGCGAGCUGUCGCACAACGACUCCCCGUUGAGGAGGAACAAACAGGGAUGCCUGUCGCCGUCGUCUCCGGCAUGGAUUUCAAGGUUGCGUUUUCAGCCUUGGAGGCGGCGUGUAAAGAAAAUAUUUCCGCUUUUUCUAACGCCGCUGCCGACCUGGCCCACGGCCCCGUGACCCAGCGCUUGGUGAUGUGCAUGAAAAAGAUCCAAGAACACGCCAGAGCCAUCGAGCCUUUGAUCGGCAGCUUCGUCGCCGUCUACCACCAUUAUGACUUUGACGCGCAAACGCCUGGAAAUGGGUAUCGCACCUUGAUCAAGGUGUUGCAGUCGUGUCUUUUGCACAUCCUACACAAGGCUCGCUACAUUGCCUCGAAUCACAAGAGCGCCUUCUUCAGAGCGGACCACAACGCCUCCGAGAUGGAGGCCUACUGCAGUGCCCUUUGCCAACUGCGAGCGCUGCUCUACCUCGCCAAGCGGCUGAUCAACGACAACGAUUUGGGGCAGCUGUACUCCCUGCAGGACCUGGACCUGAGCCACAGAUACGUGCAGGAGUACAGCUCCAUGCACAAAGCCUGUUUCUAUGGCCGCUGUCUGGGCUUUCAGUUCUCGCCGAGUCUUCGUCCGUUCCUCCAGACGAUUGUCAUUAGCAUGAUCUCAUAUGGUGAAAGGUAUCGUAAACAGCACUCCGGCCUGGGUUUAGCCGCCCUGUCUCUGCUCACAUCAGGGAAGUACGUCAUUGAUCCAGAGUUGCGCGGCGCCGAAUUCGAACGCAUUACUCAGAACCUGGAUAUGCAGUUUUGGAAGUCCUUCUGGAACAUCACAGAGUCCGAGCUUUUAACCGGCUUGUGUAGAAUCGCCUCCUACCCCGUCCAGUUGAACCUCACACUAACUAUACCUCCGGUUCCGUUACGCCUCCCACUGGCAUCCGACCCAAAUCUGUCGACUACCGUGUCACCUCCGCUGGCCCACUGGGGCCCUGGCCCAGUCCACAUGCGCCUCAUCUCCCACGAGAUUCGAGAAGGGCAGGACAGCGAGGAGCUCUUGUCUUUUUCUCGCGGCAAUCCGCCCUCUGUCUCUGCUUCCAAUCUCCCCUGGGUGCAGAAGCAACCCCUCUCCCCGUGGUUGCUGAUUCACUUCCACGGAGGAGGCUUUGUGGCACAGACAUCCAGAUCCCAUGAGAAUUAUCUGCGAAGCUGGUCGAAGCGAUUGAAUGUCCCUGUUCUUUCUGUUGACUACUCUCUGUCACCCGAAGCACCCUUUCCUCGGGCUCUUGAGGAAUGUUUCUACGCUUACUGCUGGGCCUUGAAAAACUGCCAUCUGCUUGGUUCGACGGCCGAGCUCGUCUGUCUGGCAGGAGACAGCGCCGGCGGCAACCUCUGCAUAACCGUGUCUAUGAAGGCCAUGACGUGUGGCAUCCGAGUCCCCGACGGCAUCAUGGCGGCCUACCCCGCCACCUUGCUCACCACGGACGCCUCGCCUUCCCGCUUGCUCACGCUCAUUGACCCGCUGUUGCCCUUGGGUGCUCUGGCAAAGUGCCUCAACGCCUAUGCCGGUGUGGACUCUCAGACCGCACUUCCUGCCGUGGGAGGCAACAGUCUCAGGGCUCUGGGGAGAGACACCACCGCACUGCUCAGUGAUCUCACCUAUGGAGCCUCCAACUGGAUCCAGUCCUUUCUCCAGCCUAUGUGGCCCACAAGCGCAGCCUACUCACGAGCAUCAAGACACAGAGAAUCCACAAGCAGAGACACACACAGGAAUUUAAACCGUACACCGCCUCUUCACUCCCAAUGUUACCUGGAUUACCCAGAGGGCUUUGAACCCCUGCGCUCCGAAUGCCAUGCAGUCGUUCAGCCGACAUCCUGCCCGAUCAUCAGGAAUCCUUUUGUGUCGCCGCUACUUGCGCCCGACAGCCUUCUACGAGGUCUGCCGCCUGUUCACUUAGUGGCCUGUGCUCUGGAUGCUUUACUGGAUGACUCUGUGAUGUUUGCCAAGAAGCUGCGGGACAUGGGCCAGCCUGUAAGCUUGACAGUGGUAGAGGACCUUCCACACGGCUUCCUCAGCCUGUCGCAGCUCUCGAAAGAGACAGAACUGGCCGCAGAAAUCUGCCUGGAGAUAAUAAGCAAGGUUUUUCAGCAAGGGAACUAGAAGAUAUUAAUUACUCGAUACAUUACUGGGAUUCACUUAUUUUUAGGAGUCUUUUCAGAAGGAAGAAAUGAAAAUAAUCCAUUUAUAAAUUCUUUUUUUAAGAGUGAAUUUUAAAUUCAUGUCCAAAAGUUUCUUCUGUCAGUCACCGAGCAGUUUCAUAGCAGUUUUUUUCUCUUUAGUUUUAUCAUCAACAAUGGCAAUACAAUUUGUUGUGUUUCCCCAAUGUUUGUGUUUGACAGAAUUGCAAGUUCUGUUUGGUGUCGUGUAAAUGUUUCAGUUGACUGAUUUUUAGUGCCUUUUUAAGAUAUGUACUGCAUGUACAGUACUUUGAUGUUUUCAAACAUUCAUGGAUUAAUGGUUUACUUAAACACAAAAUAGUUUACAGGGUCAUUAUUUCAAUAUGUAAUAUGUGAACAAUAUUGUGGCAAUCACAAUGAAUGUGAUGUACUGUAAGUAUUUCUUCAUAUUUAUUACAGUGUAAUAUUUAAAGCCUUAUUAAAUAAAUAAAUGCGAAA